AUGUCCAGUGAUGGGACCCACCCCGCCGGCUCUCCCUUGACGCCACUUCCGGGGCGGCCCGGGCGGGCCCGCGUGAGGGCCGCCGCCCGGAGCAGCUCGAACUCCUGGCGGUGCUUCUUCGCUGCCGGCCACGUCCCCGCUCUGGGCCGCGGCCCCUCCCCGCCGUCCGAAGGCCGCCGGGCCGCACAGGCCUGUCGCGCCCAGAUAUGUCUGAUCCCGGAGGGGAGCGCCUGCUCGUGUCCCACCUGUGCCACAAAGCAUGCCAUGGCCUGGGGGUGCCCCCCGGAGCUGCUUUCGCCACCUGCCAAGCCAGACCGCACACGGUGCCAAGCUCCCAGCACUCCAAGGGGGAAGAUGGCCCAGCCUGGAACACGCCCUGAGCAGCUGCCCCUGGUGGGUGUCCGAGGCCCUGAGGCCCGUUCUCUCCUGUCCGACCCCUCAGCCAAGCAGCAAGGAAUCAUGAGCGGCCUGAGAAGCCAGCGGCAGGUGGCCACCAGGACGGCUCAGCCUCACUCCCGGCUCGCCCACAAGAUGUGGCCAGUCUUCGUGCUUGUCUGGGUCUCCUGCUUGGCCUUCUCUGACUGCCAGGCAGCAUCAAAUUCUUCAGGGCACUUGGUCCCUAACAACACAUGGAGUCCUUCUGUCAGGAAUGGCACUUCAAGGGAAAUGGUUACCGGGCUGGCUGGGAAUAAAACGCCUGAGAGAACAUCCGUGCUGAUACCGUCCACCGUCACGUUAACCACAGGGACUCGGGCAGCCAACCCCAACUCUACUGAAAUCACAGCAGAGACAGUGAACAGGACAGAGGUGGCUGUGACUGACCUCACGGCCUCCAGAACCUCUGCAGGGCCCGCGUCGUCCGUCCCCACAUCUGCCUCACGAACUCUGCCCACGGCGGCCUCCAGGCAUCCAUCUCCCAGCAUGCCCUACGCACACAUGCCAGGGAGCAGCACGGUGCCAGGGAGCGGCAUGGUGCCAGGAACAGCAGCGGCGACAAGGGCAGCCCCUAGGGCUGAGACUGUGGCUACAACCACACCAAGUGCACACAGCAUGCCCAGCCCGCCCCGGACCACAGCGGGUAACUCCACAGCACACCUCACGCCCACAAGCUCCCAGGUCCCUAACACAACUGCACAAGGUCCCACCCCCCAGGCACCUACGGACCAGCCUGUGGUCAAUACGACAACUAGGACCAUACCUGUCCUCUCAGACACAACCUCCACGUCCACCUCCAUCCCCUCUGUGGCUUCAGUGUCCGUGACACAGGCAGCCACAACUAAGGCACAAGCAAAGGAGCCAACUGCCAGCCCAGCACCAGUGCCUCACGCCAGCCCAGCCCCCACAGUGGUGGCCACAUCCCCCACAACACAGGCACAGCCAGACCUUACACUGUCUGCCCAGGCGGCCACGGGGUGGGUGGGGACGGAAGCCAUACCGAGUACUAUUCCUGCUGGGUCCACUCUCGGGAGCUCAGCAGAUACCAAGAGGCCAGCCACAGACCUGCAUCAGCUCAGCACCCAAGGCCAGGACCUGGUGGUCACCGCCGGGCCCCCGGCCCCGUCCCUGAGCUUCCUCCUGGCGCUGCUUGUCCUCGGGGUGACUCUCUUCAUCACCGUCCUGGUUUUGUUUGCCUUGCAAGCCUACGAGAGCUACAAGAAGAAGGACUACACGCAGGUGGACUACUUAAUCAACGGAAUGUACGCAGACUCCGAAAUGUGA